UGCAUUCCACUUUCCACUACAAAAUCCCCUUUCAACCCGAAAAUUUUACCCUCACUUACAAGAAAAGCAUACCCCCUUCCCCUCCUUCUCUUAUUAUUUCCCCUUAUAACCCUUCUUCUUCAUAUCUAUCCUUUUCAAUUUUUCUGUUGUAUGUUUUUGUAAGUAUGAGAACAGGCGGUUGCACAGUUCAACAAGCUCUUACUUCUGAAGCUUUAAGCGUUGUUAAACAAGCUGUUCUUUUGGCUAAACGUCGUGGCCAUGCUCAAGUAACUCCUCUUCAUGUUGCUAGCACUAUGCUUGCACCUCCUACUGGCCUUCUCCGUACGGCUUGUCUUCAAUCUCAUUCUCAUCCUCUUCAAUGUAAAGCUUUGGAACUUUGUUUUAAUGUCGCUUUAAAUCGUCUUCCAGCUUCUAAUUCUACUCCUAUGUUAUCCCCUCAUCAUUCUCAACAACACCCUUCAAUUUCUAAUGCUCUUGUUGCUGCUUUCAAACGUGCUCAAGCUCAUCAACGUCGUGGAUCUAUUGAAAACCAACAACAACCACUUUUAGCUGUUAAAAUCGAGUUGGAACAGCUCAUUAUCUCCAUUUUGGAUGAUCCUAGUGUUAGUCGUGUUAUGAGGGAAGCUCGUUUCUCAAGUACUCAAGUCAAAACUAAAGUAGAACAAGCCAUCUCUAUUGAGAUGGCUUGUUCUACCAAAUCGAAAACGACGAGUAACAACAAUAAUAGUACUCCCCAGACGUCCUUGGUGACGUCUGGAAGAGCGAGGGAGGAGGAUGUUGUAGUGGUGAUUAACGAGUUGGCGGAGAUGAAGAAGAGGAGUGUGGUGGUGGUAGGGGAGAGUGUGGGGAGUGUUGAAUGUGUGGUGGAGGAAGCCAUUGGGAGGAUUGAGAAAAGGGAAGUGGGAGAGGGUUUGAAGGAAGUGAAGUUUAUUAAUCUUUCAAUUUCAUCAUUUAGGGAUAGGUCAAGAGUGGAAGUGGAUGAGAAAGUUAUGGAGCUUAAGAGUUUGAUAAGGAGUUGUUUAGGGAAAGGGGUAAUUUUAUAUGUAGGGGAUAUUAAAUGGACUAUAGAUUAUAGAGAAAAUUAUAAUUCAAGUAGUAAUCAAAUUACAAGGGGUUAUUAUUGUCCAGUGGAGCAUAUGAUUAUGGAAUUGGGGAAAUUAGUAUAUGGGAAUUAUGUGGGAGAUGUUCAUCAUCAUCAUCACCAUCAACAACAACAGAAAGGCUUUGUUUGGAUAAUGGGAAUUGCAACUUUCCAAACUUAUAUGAGAUGCAAAACUGGAAAUCCAUCUCUUGAAACUUUAUUGGCUAUUCAUCCUCUUACAAUUCCAACAGGCACCUUGAGGUUGAGUCUCAUCACUGACAGUGACAUUCAAAGUCAGGGAUUGGAUGAGAAUAAGAAAGAGAUUGAAUUAGAAGAGGAAAAACAGCUGAAUUGCUGCGGUGAGUGUUCAGCUAAGUUUGAGAAAGAAGCUAGAAGCUUACAAAAUUAUUCAAAUAAUAACAGUGAGUCAACAACCUCUUUAACUCCUUUACCUGCAUGGCUUCAACAAUACAAAAAUGAGCAGAAAGCAAUGGGAGAAAAUGACCAGAAGUGUGUCACAGUCGGAGAGCUUUACAAAAAGUGGAACUCCAUUUGCAAUUCAAUCCACAAGAAUUCAAAUAACAACAAUAUUAUUUCUUGUUCUCAGAAAAGUUUGUCAUUCUCUUGUAUUAUUCCGAAUUCAUCUUCCUCAGCAUCAGGGUUUUCAUAUGAUCAUCAUCAUCAUCAUAAUAAUAAUGAUCACUACAAUUUCUUACGAUACACCCACAAAGAGAAGCAUCAAGAUCAUUUCUAUGAGGGAAAUGUGGAGCCAAAGCAACUGAUGUUAUUGAGUAGUAAUAAUAAUCAUGGUUCGACCCCGUCUUCGGCUUCCUCAGGGAGUGAUGUCGUUUUGGAGGGUGAAUAUGUGAGUAGGUUCAAGGAGUUGAACUCUGAGAAUUUCAAGAGCCUUUGUAAUGCUUUGGAGAAGAAGGUGCCAUGGCAGAAGAAUGUGGUUGCUGAUAUUGCUAGUGCAGUUCUUCAAUGUAGGUCUGGGAUGGGGAGGAGAAAAGGGAAGAUGGGUCAUGGAGAUUUGAAGGAAGAAACUUGGUUGCUCUUUCAAGGCAAUGAUGUAGGAGGCAAAGAGAAGGUGGCAGAAGAGCUAGCUAGAGUAAUAUUUGGGUCAGCAACAUCAAAUUUGGUGUCCAUAACAUUGAGCAGUUUCUCCUCCACAAGAUCAGCAGAUUCAACGGAAGAUUGUAGAAACAAAAGAUCAAGAGAUGAACAAAGUUGCAGCUACAUAGAGAGAUUUGCAGAGGCCGUGUCCAUAAACCCUCACAGAGUAUUUUUGGUUGAGGAUGUUGAACAAGCUGAUUAUUGUUCACAAAUGGGUUUCAAAAGAGCCAUUGAAGGAGGAAGAAUCACCAACUCCAAUGGCCAACAAGUUCCCUUAGCUGAUGCCAUUGUAAUUCUCAGCUGUGAAAGCUUCAGUGCUAGAUCUAGAGCUUGCUCUCCUCCCUUCAAAAAACAAGAAGAAAAUGAUCAACACAAAGACAUUCAACAAAAUCAAAAAAAAGAACAACAACAAGAACAAGAACAUGAAGAAGAAGAAACUGCCCCUUGUUUGGCUUUGGAUUUGAAUAUUUCCAUCGAUGAUGAUCAUAGAGCUGCAAAUGAUGAGUCGAUUGAUGAUGUAGGCCUUCUCGAUUCAGUUGAUAGACGAAUUAUUUUCCAAAUCCAAGAACUAUGAGAGUAGAAAUAUGAGAGUAGAAAGGUUUGGGCUAGAUUGUUUUGCUUUUGUUAAUUUUUUCCCUAUAUAUAUAUAUUUUUUGUUUUUCAUAAUUCCUUAACAACGUUUUCAUCUUUAGAUUAGAUUGUUAUAUAAAUAUGAUGAGGGUAUUAUGGAUAUAUCAGCUUGGUUGAGAUA